GACUGUUUUUGAACGACGAUGAUCGGAUACUGCGGCGACACUUUCCGGAGAGCGAGGUCGAAGAUUAUUAUGGCGUCGCGAGAGACUGAAGUCGCCGCAGAAUCGAGAUGAAUUGGCAAACAUUUCUAGAAUUUUAACAGUCAUCUAGAAGGAUUAGAAGUCUGCCCAAAUCCAGUUUUUUUUUAAUUACUUAUUAUGAUCCCAGGAUGUUUCUUUUGUUCAACUGUUCAAAGUUCCAACGCGGAUCAACUUUCCGUCGUACAAGCAAUGGAUUGGAGAGUAGACUCCAGAGAGAGACUAGUUUGAAUUUGACUUGUCUUCUUGCAGUGUGAUUCGUCAGCGGCCCACCGAACAGGAAUAUUCUGGGAAGGGACAGCGUCGUCCAGUGCCUGAAAUUUCAAACCGGGAUGUCCACAUUCGUCACCCACAGGAGAUGGUGCUGCAUGAAGUCCUACACGAAGCCGGCACGUUGAAUCCGGCGAGGAAUCAUCAUCAGGGAUCGAUGGCAGUGAGCAGCCUCCGGCCAUCUCAUUCCAUUACAAAGAAGAAGCAGUACAGAGGCGUGAGGCGGCGGCCGUGGGGCAAGUUCGCUGCCGAAAUUCGGGAUUCGACACGUCAGGGCGCUAGGAUAUGGCUAGGCACAUUCGAAACGGCGGAAGAAGCCGCGCUGGCUUAUGACAGAGCAGCCAUGGAAAUGCGAGGAUCAAAAGCUCUCCUCAAUUUCCCUCCCGAUGUUGUUGCUGCGUCAUCGCAACUUCAGAAGAUUGACCGCAGCUUGGCAGCCGGAGGUAAUGAUUCGAGCAAUUGUAUGUCCAAUUCGAGUACAACAGAAGAUUUGAUGCACAAAGGCUCGGAAGCCUAAUAGGAUUCAUAAUGUGUGUUUCUGCAAGUUUCUUGAUUUUGCUUCCCAAUCUUCAAGCUUUUGUUGUGUUUGAAUUCAUGGAUUUUCAAUGGAUAUGUUACACGGAAAAGCAUCUUAAAGACAAUUUUUAUUGCAUUACUUAUGCUAGACAAGAACAUUUUUUUGUCACAA